UGGUGCUAAUGUCAAGCCAGGGCUCGUCUAAAGGUGAAAGCAGCUGGAGUAAUUCCCUGAAAUUCUUCGCGGGAUCAUGUUUGCCUGUCACUUCCCCCGGUGGAGGCCCAAUGCCACUCGCAAGCCAUGGCAGUGGGGUCGCUUUCUGCCUGCCAUCUGGGAGAGGUGCCAGACCUGGAGCUGUGAAGGAUUCAACACACCCGCAGGGCAGGGGCAACAGGUUGGCGAGCAGGAAAAGCAAGAGUCAGAAGGUCUGGAAAUGCCCUUUGCAACAAGAAGAACUGAGACCCUCUUCCAAGAGCAGCCCAAGAUUGGGAACCAGUAUUUGGAAGAUGCUCUGCUUAAGAGUUACUUAAAAACAAACCUUCCUCCCAAGGUACGGGAGGAGGUGAAUCAGGACCUGGAAAAAUUUGGAAACCGUCUGCUAACUGAGAUCAAACCUUUAGCAUGGGAAUGCGAGUUGAAUCCUCCUGUAUUUCGGCAGUAUGAUGCCUGGGGGCAGCGGCUGGAUCAUAUUAUCACCUGCUCAGCCUGGAGGAGAAUGAAAGAAAUUGUAGCAGAACAGGGGCUAAUUGCUGAGGCUUAUGAGAGAAGAUACUCCAACUGGAGCCGUGUGCAUCAGGCUAUCAAACUGUACUUAUUUUCAAAUUCUUCUGGAGGUUUCCACUGUCCUCUGGCCAUGACGGAUGGAGCAGCCAAAGUCAUUGAGUCAUUGGGUAUUCCUGGAUCUCUGAAAAAUGCUUUUGACCAUCUGACAUCCCGUGACCCCAAGAAGUUCUGGACCUCUGGCCAGUGGAUGACAGAGCGUAGGGGAGGCUCUGAUGUUGCUAAUGGCACAGAGACAGUGGCCAGAAAGCAGCCAGAUGGUGCAUAUCAUCUCUAUGGCUUUAAAUGGUUUACAUCAGCUGCUGAUUCUGAUGUGACAUUGACCCUGGCAAGGAUAGCAGAUGCUCAAGGACAUGUAAAACAGGGUUCUGGAGGUCUGUCCCUGUUCUUCCUGAAGAUUCGAGAUGAGGAGGGGAAGCUGAACAGCAUCAAAGUGCAAAGGCUGAAGGACAAGCUGGGUACACGCCAGAUGGCAACAGCAGAGCUAUGGCUAGAUGGAGCUGAAGCAGAGCUAAUCUCUGCAGAGGGUCGUGGAGUGGCCUCCAUCUCCAACAUGCUGAACAUAACUCGGAUCCACAAUGUCAUUGCUGCAGUAGCUUCCAUGAGAAGGAUGAUCAGUCUGAGCAGGGAGUAUGCCCUUAGGCGGGUUGUCUUUGGGAAGCUCCUCAAAGACCAUCCCCUUCACAUGCAGACGAUAGCCCGGAUGGAGGUGCAGACCCGAGGAGCAUUUCUUUUGCUUAUGGAGAUAGUUAGACUGCUUGGACUUGUAGAGACCAACAUGGCAAAUGAGCAAGACCAGCUUCUCUUGAGAUUGCUGAUACCGGUAGCCAAACUAUACACUGGGAAGCAGGCUUCUGCUGUUGUUGUUGAGGCCAUGGAGUGUUUUGGAGGGCAGGGUUACAUGGAGGAUACAGGUCUGCCAGUCAUAGUUCGUGAUACUUUGGUGCUGUCCAUAUGGGAGGGAACAACAAAUAUUCUAUCACUUGAUGUCCUACGAUCCCUCACCAAGACUCAAGGACAGGUGAUGGCUAUAUUCUCCUCCACAGUGCAGAGAAAACUGGAGUUGGCUUCUAGCACCGAAAAGCUGGAACCUGCUGUGAAGCUAAUGCAGGAUGCUGUCAGCAAUCUUGCACAACUUGUUCGAAGAGCUGGCUCCAAAGGAGCAGUGACCAUGGAGCUAGCAGCAAGAGACUUCUCCUACUCCCUAGCAAGGAUCUAUGCAGGAGCUCUUCUAAUCGAACAUGCAGCUCGGCCUGAUUCCUCCUCCACAGAUGUCUCCACUGCUCGAAGAUGGUGCAACCAGGAACUGUGUCCUGUAGCCACAGAAUUAAAAAAUGGCAGCUAUGAUGCUGAGGAAGCUUUCAUGGACAGCUGCCUGGUGUAUGAUGGGAGCCCUGGCUCCGGUAGCAAGCUGUGACUCAGCAGAGGUACCUGGGAAAAUCCAUUCAAGGCUUUGCAAAUGGAAAGCAUAUGUUAUAGUGGUGCAUUCAGUGCAAGCUGUAAUGAUUGUGGUAAACCGAUGAUUUAGGAUUAUGUGGCACAAAGAGAUAGUUCCCUCAUCAGGGCAGCAGUGGCUGUGUCUGCAUGUGUGUUUUGGUCCAGAGCUGUAGUGCAGCUUUGAAAUUAACCCCUUUAGUCCUCACUUGCCAUGUGUUGGCUCAGUUCACAGAGUGGUUUUGCUGCAUGCAAACUAUAUUCCUUCUGGAGUAAACGAAACUGGAAGCGCUGCUAUGGCUAUGCACCAAGCACACUCCAAUAGAAGAGUGGCAGCAGAAGUUUACAAUCCAGAAAUUGACACUUCAGCACAGCUUCAAAUUACACAUACUGUGAGGAUACUUGAUCCAGGAGCCAGAGCAAAUCGUUCUGAAGUAAAUCAUCAACUACAUCAACUGCUUCAGUCUGAAAUCCACUGUUUUUGAGCUGAAUUACUUAAUGCAGACAUAGCCACAGAGAUUCAGUCUGAGACACUGAAAUGUUCUUACCAAGUUUUAGGCAAAGACUGAGCAAUAAAAUGCAGGUAAUGACUUGAAGAAGCAGCUCUUUAAGUACUAACUGAUGUUCAUUUUAAGGAAAAGCAACCAAAAUCGAACUGAAAAUUAUCUGAGGCUGUUUUAAAAGAGAAAACUGUAAUUUUGUCUUGUUCACCUUCUUGCUUUCCAAUGCUGCUCCUACCUGCUCUUUCACCCUGGCAGCUGCUGGGGUCAUUUUUUCUGCCAGGGGCAGCCUUGUGGUUGUGAGAAUUUGGUCACAAGCUGGGCAGCUGGUAUGUGCCAUUUAUACAAGUGACCUUUGUGAGAACUGUUGCACUUGAUUCAGGACCCUCAAACUCAGUGACUGAUCUUGGUAACUUGGGUAAAACAGAAGCUUUGUAACCAAAAUUUUUCAUUUUCUUAAUCUUAUGUAGCUAAGGCUAUUGUUAAGCAAGCUAACUGGGCAUUGCUUAGUCUAGCUCUGCUUUUGAUUUUUCUUUUUACUUCCUACCUUGUACCAAACUUUGCUGUGCUUUAAAAUAAGCUGAAGUGGAAGCUUUACCUAGCUGCUGUGAAAGCUGCUGACUUAGCUCCAUAGUCAGCUGAGAUGGGUAACAAAAACAUUCUAAGCCCACUGCUUUUAAAAUACAGGAUACAAUAAUUUGGUAUUUACAUCUUCAUAAAUGGUUGGCAUCAACCUCAGCUCUACUGUACGAAGCUGCUCGGGAAAAGGUUGGGGGGGAAUAAUUUCAAUUAUAUCACACAAAUUACAUCAGAACUGUAUGAGCUGGUACUAUAAUUAAAGGAAAAUAACUUUUGCCCUCCAGAUAGUUUAUUUUCUAUUUGUGUAUCCUAAUGAUACAGCAAUUCAUACUGACAUAAAUUCUAUUAACAUAAGUAUUAGAUUGAAAUCCAGUAAUCCUCCAUCAAGCACCUAGAUACUGAUUGAGUGCUUCUCUCCAUACUCAGCACUUCAGUCUCCCUACUUGAUAUUAUCCUGAGGAGAAAAAGUUUAAUUAGAAAGUUGCUAAUAACAGAAGAAAAACAACAAGAGAAGAAAGACUGUUGGAAUAUAUAACUGCAAAGGGCUACCAGCAACUAGGAUAAAGAAUGGAAAGAGAUAACUUGUGUUCCAAAAACAGCUGUUUUCUUAUCUGCAUUUUGCUAAGGCUAAAGCCCAGGGCUAUAGGAAGACCCAACUAAUCAAGAACACUGUCUCCGAGGAGGAGUAGGAACAAAAAGCAGUGCCUGGAGAGGUAUAGGAGCAGCAAGCAAACUCUUGGUGGGCUCUGUCCCAACUCAGUGUCUGAGGCAAGUGGAGCUUCCCUCAAAUUGCAAAAAGAAUACAGCUUUAGCAAGACCCAGCAUUCACGGGCUUUUCAUUGCCACAUUUCUCCGUGUUUGCUGUACAUGCUUUGGGGUGAAUAAAUAAUACUAGCUUUUGAAAAAAUGUCUUACAUUACUGU